CUACUUCUACUUAAAAAGUUUUAUGUUGGGCAACUUUUCAAUAAUAAUGGCCGAUACACAACAAAUACAGUAGUACAGACACAAAUCUACAUACAUGUCCAGAUGUUGCAAAUACGGUGUAAGCGUUGCCAUGGUAUCGCUUUCCGAGUGGUACCGCAGGAGUAACCGUCAGCUAAAGUUAGUUGAUGUUGCUACAUGUAGCCUGUUCGUAAAUAACAUCGUGUAUUUAAUCGUUUAACAUUAGGAUAGUAUUGUAAUGUUAUUUUUUAACAUUUUGUGGACCAAAAUAUCCAACGAUAUCCGUGUAAAUGUGUACAUUUGUGUCUGUCAGUCGUUAAAUUGGACUAGUAACAUGUCCAUAAGCUAUCCGGCUAGUUUAGCUAACUAGCUAAGUUUUGAACAACUUUCGCUCGUGCUACUACAAGGGACUGUCGUCAAACGCGUCGGCGCCGGAGGAGGGCGCGACGUUGCACACGGCCUUUCCCCUAGUGCGCCACUUUAAGGGAAAUGGGGAGCCUUGAAACCUCCGUGUUUGUAUCUUGAAGUUGCGAGCGAAGUUGAGCUCCAUGUUGAAUCAAAGUUUCUACCUCCUCGGCAGAUGCGUUUUCAUUUGAGUUUCACACGUUUUUGUUGUUGUUGUGUCGGUGUCCCGAGCGGACCACAACACCCGAGGCGAAAUGGCCGUGCAGUAGGCCGACUUGUUGCGAUGUUCUCUGGGGUGCUUCGGCUUCGUUUUCGUACAUGUUGAGUUGGUUUUAAUGCACCGAGUCAGCGAACUAUCCGUAACUUAAAAGUGUGAGAUCAGCACUUCUGAACCAGACCUGGAUGUGAUGGACAGUCCGUCCUCAAUAAUCACCCAAGUCAGCCGGGAUGAAGAGGAAAACAAAGCCGCAGAAGAGCGGGGCUCCUCGCCCUCUCUGUCCUCCAAGAAGCCCCGGAGCCGAGGCCUCUUCUCCAGCCUCUUCUGCUGCCUGUGUCGAGACCAUGCCGAGCCCCCGUCCGUCAACAACAACGCCCCCCUGCUGGUGGAGGAGAACGGAGCCGGCUCCAAGAUCCAGGUGAAGCCCCUGCUGGCUCCAGUGAAGUCUAAAGACUCAGGAAAGAUCUGCGUGGUUAUAGACCUGGAUGAGACGUUAGUUCACAGCUCUUUCAAGCCUGUGAACAAUGCAGACUUCAUCAUUCCCGUGGAAAUAGAUGGAACAGUACACCAGGUGUACGUCCUGAAGCGGCCCCACGUCGAUGAGUUCCUCAAGAGAAUGGGGGAGCUGUUUGAGUGCGUCCUGUUCACCGCCAGCUUAGCCAAGUACGCGGACCCCGUCUCCGACCUCCUGGACAAGUGGGGCGCUUUCCGCUCCCGCCUCUUCCGGGAGUCCUGCGUCUUCCACCGAGGCAACUACGUCAAGGACCUGAGCCGCCUGGGUCGAGACCUCAGCAAGGUCAUCAUCGUGGACAACUCCCCCGCCUCCUACAUCUUUCACCCCGACAACGCGGUGCCCGUGGCCUCGUGGUUCGACGACAUGGCCGACACGGAGCUGCUGGACCUCAUCCCCUUCUUCGAGAGGCUGAGCCGUGUGGAUAACGUCUACACGGUCCUCAAGCACCAAGGCGCCGCCAGCUAACGGCGCGCCGCGUCUCGCUUCAGCUCUGAACAACACGGCGUACAAGAACGGAUACACACACCCCCCCCCCCUCUCCCCGACCAGCGAGGCUCCAGGCUCCGCCCACCAGACUGCUUCCCGCUUUCAAGCCAAGGUCAUGUUCGGGACUCGGGACUCGGCUGACCUCAAACGGCCUCGCCGCCGCCACCUGCUGGUCAAACAGAACGCUCCCUGUAAUUUGUAACUUCGUCCCCAUUAGCUCGACGUGGGAUGAAAGGAUGGAGGAGGCUCAGGCUGAGCCCGCGCAGGAAGCCCGUCGCCAUGACUCUGCACAUCGUGCAGGGUUCGGUAAGCGAGCGGAGAUGGAAAUUCUGGAAAUAUUUACUUGUAAAUGAACUUCGGCCUCAUCAUUGAGUGAGCAGAUGGUGUAUGAGUACUGUAGAUUUCUUUUUAAACAAUAUCUUUGCUACACAUCCUGAUUUAGUCAAAUGUCACACUAUUUGUCUGCAGAAAAAAACGCUUGCGAUCGCCGGCGAGUUUUUACAGCGAUAUUGAUCAGGUAGUUUUGAAUCAUUGUUACAGUGUUAUGGAUGAAUCCGAUCAAAGUAAUCCGGAGUUGAUAAAUGAAUUAAUGACAAAACAAUUGGACAGCACUUUACAAGUACAGUCUAUAGUCCUCACUGGGACUGUUAUUAUUUCAGCACAAUUUAAAACUCGACUCCUCUUACUAAACAGCAUUAGAUGGUGUAUUUAAUUCUUGUAUUGAUGUAGGCAGAGAAAAAUGUUCUUCUGCAGCAACAACUGUACAACACUCUAAUGCCUUUUUAAUUUGUCAGCGGAAUAUAAACCCCAAAACAAUGAGCCCUAUUACCUAAGCCAUGUAAGACACUAAUAUGAAUAUCAAACCAUCUGCAAGCGAAAAAGCAGCUGCUGUGUUCUUGAGACUUGAUUUCCAAGGAUUGUUUAGAGAUUGAGGGACGGCCCAAAUGCGUCUGCCCACACACACGUACGGUGAUGAACGUUUGAGCCCCGAGGGGACCGGGAUCGACUCGUAACGCUUUCUUCCUACAUAUUUUCUUUUUUUUUGAAGCGGUACGUAGGUUGGAAACAUUUUCAGGACUGUAAUGAAAUGUGCUUGCGGGACGGGGAUGUGUGAGGUGCUGUGAGCAGACACACGUCUGACAGCAAAAAGUGAGAUUUAAAAAAAGAAAUCCAUCCUGAAAGAUGGCUAGUAGUGAUUCACUUUUGCACCUCUGGGUCUGUUAUUGGUCUGAUUCUGUUGUACUCCGAUGACGUAAUUAUGCUGCAGCUACUUUGGAGUUUAAAAAGUAUUUGAACAUGACCUCUAAAUGUCAGGCUUCCUUUUGUGUGCAUGCUAUUUCACAUUAACGUUUGGAGAACUCGAUCACAGGAGGAAAAGACGUUCACACUACUGCUACUGAAGUUGCUAUUAGUCAUAGAAAUUGCCCAAGGAAAGGAAUUCUGGGCGAAAAAUGAUUUGUGGGUGGAAUUUUUCUUUAAAACGCUCACACGGGGUCCGACAAAGUGCAUCUGUGUUGCUUUACGGACUAUGGUGAUGUAGCAAGCUUCUUGCUAUCUUCCUUCUAUGCGUUGACAAUACCAUGUGUGGCCUGAAGAAUGAAGCCGUGGAUUUGCCUAAAAGCCUCCAUCGCGUGUGAGAUGUAACUUUACACGGAUGAGGCUGGGAUCACACUUAAAUCCGAAAUAUUUGGAGCUUUCGCGUUAUUUUCUGUUUCAACAAAUUCUCGUCAAUCAAAUAAGCCAAGUUUGUUUCUAAACAAUUAUUUUCUGUUUUGUUUUAUUCAGUUAGUUUUGUUGUUUUCAUGCAAGACCUGGUUGUUUACCUCCUGUAUUAAUAGGCCAAUAUAUGGAACAGAAGCACCAGCAGAUUACUAAAAGGAUAGUAUCUUACUCUUGUAGACACAUGGCAAGGUUUUUAUUUUGAUAGGGUGCGUUUCAUGUAGCCACCAUCACAUGUCCCAAAUGACUGGUUUUCUUUGUAAUUCAUUGGCAAACAUGAGUAUUUAUAGGAACAUUAAGUCAUUUUUAUCAGUCAUUUGAUUACAUAUAUAAGUGUUGUCAGUAUGGGGGCCCAUUUGCUGAUACUGUGCUUCUUACACAUUCAGUAGAUAUGUAUAUUUUCUUUUGCACAGUAAUAAGGCAAACAAAUCUUCAUUAAUAUAUGGAAUAUUCCUGUUACUGUACUCAUGAUUGAAUAGAUGUAACCUAAUUUUGGAACUGUUUUGUAUUGCCGAAUUAUAAAAGUAUUGUAUGUAAUAACAUUUUUUUCCCCCACCCAUAAACGUUAAAUGAAAGAUG